AUGUCUUCAUCCGCCAAGCCCAAGCUCUCGUCGGACCCCACCAUUCGCUCGCAUCAUGCAGCGCUUUACGACACCCUUCUCCAGCAGAACCUCCUGCGCCUCGUUGAGCCGUACCCGGUAGUAGAAAUUGAGUACGUUGCCAAACUUGAGGAGUACAUCAAAAAUCUGAUCCCUACUCCCUACAACUAUCCGCCGCCGUCACACGUCGCUCUAUGGUUCACCUUUCUCGUCUUUUCCUUCCCCAAGAAGCUCUCUUCUGAGCUCAAAAAGGCUCAAACCUCACACUCAAAACUCUCCUCGCAAAUUGCAAAACUCCGAUCUGAUCAACCCAGCCGAAGACGGCGUUUUGCCUCGUUUUGCUCCCAGAUCGGCAUCGGGAAUGUUCGGGAGUACGAGGAGCAUCAGUUGAAAGUCGCCGAGGAGGAGAGUCAGGCGCAACUUGGAUUUGAUCAGUAG